AUGGGGAACUGGACAAAAUAUGGUGAUGAGGCAGACGGAUACCGUUCCACAAUCUCGAGCCAGGACGUAGAAGAAGCUUUCACCUCAAACACUGAUGGCCAGCUGAAAUUGAAUACUCAAGGGAAUCUGUAUCUUCUAGACUUUGUAAAAAUGAUGCAGUGUAACCUUAGCUUCAAGACCGAGCGAGAAGUAUCAAGACGACCAAAGUUCGUUUCAAAACAGGAGUUAGAAAGUCGCAAGAAACAGCAAGAAAUACAGAAGUCUGAAGGAGCUACUACAUCAGAGUUUGUCCCUACCAUGCCCAACACAGUGUAUAUUGUGUCAAUCGCCAGGGUGGAAAAUGGUGACCUUUGGCAUGACUAUGUAAGUAAAAAAGCUAAACUGAAGAAGAGGAACAUGGGCGUAGAUGUAGAGGAGAGACAACUCUUCCACGGCACCAGGAAUGACACCGUGGAGGCAAUCUACAGACAAUGGUUUGACUUCAGGUUAAGUGGAACUGCUACAGGUACAGCUUAUGGAAAAGGCAGCUAUUUUGCAACCACUGCCGUUUUAUCGGACAGGUACACAGUCGUUCAGAACGGAACCAUGCCGAUGUUCAUUGCUAAGGUACUAGUGGGAGAUUACACAAAAGGAGAUAAAUCAUACAACAGACCCCCACAGAAAGACCCCCUUGAUAUGUCGAGUUCUUUGUACGACUCUUGCGUUAAUAGUGUUACAGAUCCACAGAUUUUUGUUGUUUUUGAACUGGAUCAGGUGUACCCAGAGUACUUGAUAAAAUACAAGACCUUAGUAUGA